UUAAUUUAAACUUUAAUAACUAAAUCAUAGUAAACAAUCUAUUAAUUUAAAAAAACUGCAUAAACCAAUAUUACAUUUCUAAAAUCCUCCAUCUAAUUAUUAGCUCUUCUUUAAAUACUUUUUUUAUUCAUGUAAAUAACUUUAUUUUAUCUAACUGGAGAUAUUUUAAGAUGUAGAACUCUAAAGUAGAUCACUUCGUUAAUUUUUCUACUUCUUUUAAUAUGCAUGAUUAAAAACUCACAUUAAAUGAGUAUUACUUCAAAAGAAGGGUUUCCUAUCUAUUUUAGAUAGUCAGAAUAUAUGAUAUAAAUAAUCUUUUACUCUCAAAUAUCUCUAAACAUGACUAUUUCUCUCUAUCACUCUUAUCUUGUAAUGAGUCCUUAUUAGGUUCAGUAAUUGUAAUAGAGUCAAGUUUUCUUAAAUUAGAUUGCUUAUCAAUCAUCAAAUAGCAAUUGCAACUUAAUGAUCAAAAGCACGGACACUUAAUAACAAAAUUUAUCACAAAUAUCUUCUAACAAUACAGAUAAUUCUUAGUUUUGCUAUGUUUAAUUGCCUAAUUUAGUGAUUGAUAAUAGUAAUUCUACAUAAUAUAUUUAAAUUGAAUGGACUUAACAAAAUAUAUUAGGAGUUUUAGGCAAAACUUAGUUUUACAUUGAUUCAUAGCAAAUAACAAUAUAAAACUCAAUUUUAUCUACUAACUAUAACAAUUCUAAUAAUGGAAUAUUUGGCUUAGCCAACCCUGAUAGAGACUCCUCAUACGGCCAUAACUUACUUUAUCAGUUGUUCACAAAUGGAGUUAUAACUACUGUCUCCUUUGGGAUAUGUGUAAGCUCAGGUAAAGGAGUAUUUUAAAUUGGUGAUUUAGAUAUCUCAAGUAGUUGGUAAUACUAGAAAGUUUAUCUACAAAAUAUAUAUGACUAUAUGACACCUUUAAUAGCUGUGUAAGUGUAAUAGAAGCAAAUUGAUUUUUCCUUUAAUGCAAGAAUAUCGUACUAGUAGCCUUAUCUGCUCAUAAAAUAAGCACUAAAGAUAUCAUAACAAUAUAUAGAAAUAUAACCUAACCUACCUCAAAUUUUAAAGGAACUUUUGCUUUUUAAUAUAGAUAAAAUAAAAUUAAAUUAUGAUGACAUUUUGUUUUGGAUCAAAUCAUUACCUUAAUUAUAGGUUAUCUCUUAAGAUAGCAAAGGUAAGCCCUUGAUAUUUUCAUCUAGCCCUAUUUUUAUCUGUGCAGACGCCCAAAGCUUAAGCUUAUUACAGAUUCAGUAGGGAAUACAAAGCAAUUAAUAAUUUGAUGUGUGUACUACUUAUAAAGAAAUCAAGGAUAGUGAGAGUUCAGUUGAUGCUGAAAUAGGCAAUUAAUUCCUCUAAAACAUUUUUAUUAUUUUUAAUAUUUCUAAAUCUUACAUCUAAUUUUUUGUGGAUAAUUAAUGUGUUAAUAGUUAAUCAGUUUAAGAACUCAACUCUUCCCCUUUGUAUUACUUGCUAAAUAUUUUUUAAAGUGUUGUAUCUUUCCUCAUCACCAUUAUUGUGCUAUUUCUCUUGCUUAAAAAAUUAAAAGGAAAGAAUGAUUAGAAUUAAUUUGCAUUUAAUCAAGAAGAAGAAAUAAGAAUUAACAAUAUAUCAUAAAACAAUAGAUUUAAUUAACAUUUGCAUUCAGAUUGA